AUGAGCGGAAUCAAGCAAAUUUCUCUCGCUGAAGUCCAGAAACACAACAAAAAAGAUGAUCUGUGGCUAAUAAUUCAUCACAAUGUUUACGAUGUAACCAACUAUCUUGAGGAUCAUCCUGGUGGAGCAGAUUCCUUACUUGAAGUCGGAGGACAGAAUUCGACGGUUGCUUUUGAAGAUGUUGGGCACUCAGCUGAUGCGCGGGAAACGAUGGAAUCAUUUCUGAUAGGCAGGUUAGAAGGUGCACCUGAUGAGGCAGAUGAGGAUAGAGGACUACCAAUGCCUAAACCAGAUUUGAAAGCAAAAUCCAAAGAUCAAGACUUUAACAGUGAAGCUCCACUCAUAACUGUAGGUAGGGCUGGACUGAAGGUUUUCUCGCUUGGAUCGGCGCUUUUCUUGGGCUUCGAAGUUUAUUCCAAAACGCCAAAAAUUGGAUGGCUUCCUGCGCAGCAUGGAGGAUUUUGGAAAGGAGUGCUUGUCUCGAGUAUUGCUACAUUAUCUGUUGCGGCAGGAGUAGGUCUUUACCUUGAGAAGGCACUAUCAAGACCUGAAAAAAAUCCCUAUUCAUACCCAUCGCAUUUCAAACCAUCUGUUUUCAUUGCUAAACCGAUUACGAAAGUCAAAGGAUAUCUACAGCCUGAAAACUACCAGAAGUUACCGUUGGUUAAAAAAGAGAAGAUAUCUUCGAAUACGUAUCACUUAGUAUUUAAACUUCCAGGAGAUGAUACGAUACUCGGUCUUCCAAUUGGACAACAUAUUAGCAUUCGAGCGGAGAUUGACGGGAAGCUUGUUAGUAGAUCAUAUACACCCGUUUCUAAUAACUCUGAUCCCGGGGAACUUCGAUUGGUUAUCAAGAUGUAUCCAGACGGGCUUCUCACAGGGAAAUAUCUUCAGCAUCUUAAAGUUGGCGAGGAGAUUGAGGUACGUGGACCAAAGGGUGCCAUGAGAUAUCGAAAGGGGAUGGUAAAGGAGAUAGGAAUGAUCGCGGGUGGAACAGGAAUCACACCGAUGUAUCAGUUAAUUCGAGCAAUAUGUGAAGAUCCAACGGAUAGGACAUGCGUUACUCUUCUCUAUGGUAACAAUAGUGAAGAGGAUAUUCUUCUCCGGGAAAAAUUAGACGAUUUCGCAGAGAAAUACCCCGAGAACUUCAGAGUCCAUUACGUACUAUCCAAUCCAUCCAAAGAUUGGCAACGAGCUCAAGGAUACGUAACCAAGGAGAUGGUCGAAGAAGAAUUCCCAAAGCCAAGUGACGAUAGCAAGGUGUUACUUUGUGGACCUCCUGGUUUGAUUGAAUCUAUGAAAACUAGCUUGGUAGAGUUGGGCUGGCAGAAACCAAGAGCAAGCUCUGGGUACUAUUGA